AUGGAGGAAAAAGAAAUCAAAUUUCCUAGCGAGAAACAUGAAAAGGCACAAGAUCAGCUGCUACUUCUCGAGGCGGGGGCCGCUCCCCGGGCAGCGCCCCGCCGGGGGGUAAGAGGAGCAGAAGUGAAGGCCAGCGCGGUGGCUUCUGGCCAAGGACGGGGUCUCUUUCUCUUGCAGUUCCUGACAGAGCUUACCAGACUCUUCCAAAAGUGCAGAACUUCGGGGAGCGUUUUCAUAACACUGAAGAAAUAUGAUGGCCGAACAAAACCAGUCCCACGCAAAGGCCACGUAGAAAGUUUUGAACCGGCAGACAACAAGUGUCUUCUACGAGCAACUGAUGGAAAGAAGAAAAUCAGCACAGUGGUAAGCUCAAAGGAAGUAAAUAAAUUCCAGAUGGCGUAUUCAAAUUUGCUGAGAGCUAACAUGGAUGGCUUGAAGAAAAAAGACAAGAAAAGCAAAAACAAGAAGAGUAAAGCAACACAGUGAUGGAACAGUGUCCUACCAACAUUGUGACAGACUUGACCCUUGCUCCAAGCAAAGUCCAUUUCUUUUUGAGUUACCACUUGUCUUUGCCUUUCCUUCCAGCAGGAUACUGGGAUGUGAUCAGUACUUCUGAUUAGACUGAGAGCAGAAGGUGCUUUCUGUGGAUUGUUGUAUGGCAGCAGUAUUUACAGGGUUAUACUGAAAUAGCUUUACACUCUGCUGCCAACUAGUUUUGUAUGUGCACUGCUGUUUGUUUUGUAUUCCAUAAGUGGGCAGUGUAAAACCUCUUUCAGGGUGGGGUGGGGGUAAAGCAGGGUGAAGAGAAAUGCACCGUACCAGGAGCAAAGCAAGACUGGAGCAGGAGUCUCAGUGACAGAUGCCCAGAUUUAUAGAUAAGCCUCAGUAGUACUAGGGGAAGUGGGUGCCAACAUAUUAUCAGGAACAGCAGCUUUCCUGUUUCUGUCUUGUUUUGAGGAACAUGUCUAUGUGAUGCAGUGCAGAUAUCCCUAAGGCAGCCAGCCCAGUGCUUGAGCUCUUGCAGAGCCAGGCAGCUGUGCUGCCUUCGCUCCACACUGAUCCAGCUGUGCUGACCCCAGCUCAAGGUGGGGGGAGGGCAGGACUCUGCAUCAUGUUCUCUUCAGACAUAGCUUAAUGCUCAUGUCACCUGAACUUUUUAAAGCUUCAUCCUUCAGUAUAUUCAGGGAUCUGAAUUUCCUCAUACUUUGCAUCUUAAGUAGCUCCUUCAUAUGAGCAGAUGUAAAAGGUGAAUACUUAAUUGUUCCUAUUAAACACAAUGAGAAAUGGACUUGGUUGUAAUGACUGAUGUGACUUGUCUCGGUGAAUUGCUAGGAAUGGUAUGGUUACCUGUGCCUUUAGGGUUGACUCACCUUAGGCUACUUAUUUGUGUUGCUGUUACAACUUUCACAGUUCUCAGGUUUGCCUUUAAAGUUACCUCUUCAUGUAUUUUAACUUUGCCCUCCUCUUUACUACAAGAAAGGGGCAGGAAAAGCAAGUAAGUAUUAAAGCACUGAGCCUGCAGUGCUGAAGGCAAUCAUUUGAGUUAGAAAAAGAAAAAGAAGGUAACAGGUGGGGAGGGAGUGUAAACACCAGCAUAUUCCCAAAAAUUCCCAACUUUUCUGCAUAUUCACUUCACUUUUGCAAGUAGUUUGAUGUAAAAUAUAAUGCUGCUGCGAAAUAUAAUGUAGCUGCUACAACUAAUCUUCAGUUGUGCCUAACUUCACUUUUCCUGAUGGGAUUAUUUUACAGUUUAGCUUCAAGAAGAUUCCCAUCGAUGACUUUAAGUUCAAAGUUAAUCUGACCACCCCUGUGAAGAAAGCUAGUUUGUAAACUUUCGUUAUGCCUCUGUUUCUUUUAGAAGUCUUAGAUUUAGGUCCUUUAGGUCUUGUUUCAUCUCCCAGGAAGCUGCUGCUGGGUUUGAAUGCAAAAGUACAGGCAGGAAAACAGGCAGCCAGCCUUGCAACAACUCUCAGCUUGACAUCUACCAUCUUUUAUAUAGAAAUUAAAACAGUAGGUUUAAAAAAAAAAAAACCAAAAAAGAAAAACCACAAAAAGCUUGUAAUACGUAUUUCAAGAAGGCUCAGUAGCCAAACCUUUUAUUACAUAAAAACCCUUCAUCAAAAAAGUUUAAAAGUUUAACAGAGUUGAAGAUAAUUCAUCCUCUCUUAAUCCUUGAACUGAGUUUCUCAGCACUACUCUUGCAUGUUGAUGCAGAAGGCAAUCUGAAACUAUAUUUAAAAAAAAAAAAAAA